AUGGAUAGUUGCUCUAUCACUGAUGAGAGCGCGAAUGAUAUAGUCAUGGAUUCGCCAAGCACUGAAAGACCUGCACAGGAGACAUCUCAAAGGUACGUAGCCCUUUCGUUUUCUGUUAACCGCAAAUAGCACUGUGUUAGUCUAGUCGGCUGUCAAAUUAUUCCUCGCAUUAUUAGCCCGAAUAUACAUUUGUAUUGGUGCUUUGUCCAUCUAUGAUUACUAUGUCAGUGUAUAUCAAUCAGUCUAUCAAUUAAUAUCAAUUACCUGUGUGUUUGUAAGCACUUGAUACACUACAGCGACAUGGAUUUCUCAUAGUCCUAUUCCUCAGUCUUGUAUUUAUUACAGCUUACAAAUGAGCCACUGCUAACAUGUAUUAUAAAUCAAGAGCAGACUAACCUGGAAUCAUAAAUGUUCUAUUUUUGGGGGGAUGACAAAUCCAUUGUUUUGUUUUUGUAAAAUGUGUUCUCAAAUGCUCUAUUAUAGCAACCAAUAUCUCCCCAGAGUAUGCUUGGUUGUAAUGUAAUAGUCAAUAUUUGGUACAGUGUAGCAGCCUAUUGCAAGAAAUACACUGAGUAUACAAAACAUUAAGAACACCUGCUCUUUUCAUGACAUAGAUUUACCAGGUGAAUCCAGGUGAAAGCUAUUGAUGUCACUUGUUAAAUCCACUCCGAUCAGUGUAGAUGACGUGGAGGAGACAGGUUAAAGAAGGAUUUUUAAGACAAUUAUUUAAGUGCCUUUGAACGGGGUAUGGUAGUAGAUGCUAUGCCCAUGCGCACCGGUUUGUGUCAAGAACUGCAACGCUGCUGGGUUUUUCACGCUCAACAGUUUCCUAUGUGUAUCAAGAAUGGUUCACCAUCCAAAAGACAUUCAGCCAACUUGACACAACUGUGGGAAGCAUUAGAGUCAACAUGCUAACAUGGUGUUCUUUAUGUUUGGUAUACUCAGUGUACAAUUUAUCCACUGAAUCCACUCCCACAUUCACUUCCAUCCACAAUCUCCCAGGAUCCAGAGAUAUUUGGUAUUCCUCGGCCAUCCACUCUUUAUGCUCUCUGAAGUCUGAAUAAUGCAGAUCUGUAUAUGACAUUGCUGACACAAUAGCCUACUGUAGGCUCGGCUCAGGGGAAACCACAAAUCUACAGGGCAAAACUCCACCAUGCCAGUUAUUUUUUUUAUAGAUGUGAUUCACAUCACUGUCACUACAGUGCCCACUGUAUGUAGUAGAUAUGGUUAGCUACAUAUGGUAUAUGAUACAAUUCACUCAACAUUGAUACUGAUUAACUGGUAUGACUUGUGGAUUAGGGAACUACAAACACUUAGGAAUCACCAGGGAAUUAUGCUAAAGGUUGGUUUCCCAAACACAGAUUAAAUAUAAUCCUGAAGUCCAGGAAUAGGCUUAAUCUGUAUUUGGGAAACUGGCCCUAACGCCUUGAUCACACCGACAGCGUCAUUGCGCAAAAUGGUACGCAGCAUCAUCUGGAUAUGUGUGCAACAUAAGUUCAACAUUCACCUUCUGCUACCAUUUCUGUCAAGCCAUCUACGCAUACAGUUUGACGCAUAAAUUCGAUAAAUCCAACGUAUGCACCACACAGAACGCACUGCAACUGCCUCUCCAACGCAAUGCUGCAAGGCAAACGCAGCGUUCCAUUGGAAAUGAAUGUCAUUCUGGUGUACCAAAAAUGCAAUGACGCUGUCGGUGUGAUCGAGGCGUAAAUGUUCUGCAUCAACGUUUUUUUUCUGGAGAUACUGUGCAUUUUUGUGGGGUUGCAAAAAGGGAAGUCACUAAAUGGAUUUUAAAGUAGUCUGAGCUCCAAAAAACGCUGCCCUCUGCAUUUUCUUUUCAGAGGUUACUGGGGAGAAGAAAGAUGGCAUCACCUAUUUGGGUCUGGUAUAUGGAAAGCUUGCACUUCAUAAUGCAAAAAAUACCUAUUUUGGUCCAAAAAGGCACAAGACGUGUUUUGUCUAUUUCAUAAUGGUAAGCCAAACACUUGUUAUUGACACAGUAGGAGGGAGUGACAACCCCUGGAUGUAAUAGUUGAAAGCUGUAGUCAGUGUACAGUCUCUUGCACAAUAAACACCGUCUAACUUCUAUGCAAUGCCUUUCUAAACUAGUUAUUCUUUAAGGUUUGCACAUGCAUAGAGACUGUUAGUAAAGGGGAGGUGGAAAAUAGAAAACAGUACCCAGAUAUGUGCAUCCACUGCCACUCGGGUACCCUUGUCAAACUUCCCUAUGAGGCAUCAGCUGCCUGCUUAUUCAGUAGCCAACACAAACCAACCACAACAAUAAAUAUUCAAUUCUGGAUGAGACAAGUUAGCCUGUGAGCCACCAGUGCCGCUCCAGAGGCUAGACUAUAGUACCAAAUGCAUCAAAACAAUAGGCGAUCGUGGUCGAGGAUAAAUGAUGUAAAACCAAGAGUGUUCAAAUGUGCUAAAGAAAAAAAAGAUCAGUUGCACAGUCGUCCUGCAUACAUAAGAAGAUCACCACCUUGUAAUGAUAUGCAGUUACACAUUUGUGGCCCUGUUAUUGUAAGCAGAGAAUCCCACUUCUGAUACCAAUGUGUUUCUGCAUAUUGUACGCACCUUGAGGGUAUACGGUGGGGUUUGCUACGUUCUACAUUUAUAAUAAAUGUCACGCCCUGGCCUUGAGAGGCCUGUUGUCUUAAGUUGGUUUGGUCAGGGCGUGAGUUUCUAUGUUAUAUAUUCUAUGUUUAUGUUCUAGUUAGUCUAUUUCUAUGUUGCAGUGCUAGGUUGUGUUUCUAGGUUUGGCCAGGUGUGAUUCCCAAUCAGAGACAGCUGUCGCUCGUUGUCUCUGAUUGGGGAUCAUACUUAAGUAGCCCAUUGCCUACUGAGUAUUGGGGGAUCUUGUUCCUGUUUAGGCUGGUAUUUGUAUAGCCCUUUGGACUUCACGUUACGUUGUUUAUUGGGUGAAAUAAACAUGUACGCUUUUCACGCUGACCCGUCUCUCAACGUUUGUGACAAUAAAGCAUUGCAUGAAUCUAUUAUCGCAUUUGCGUAGUGGCAUACAGUUGAGAAGAGGCGUUUCUAGGAUUUCCACACAUGGGUCUGAAUUGUUUUGGCUUUUUAUAAACUCAUUUCAUGCAAUUCUACGAAAUGUUGUUAUUUGAUUUUAUUAGGAUCCCCAUUAGCUGACACCAGUGGUUCGGCACAUUUGGGCUGAUGUGAUACAAAAUAGUCCAGUAUUGCAAUGCUUCACUGGAUCAAUCUGAGAGUUUGCACACACACACUGCUGCCAUCUAGUGGCCAAAAUUGUGCCUAAACUGCAAUAUUAUAUUGUGGCCUUUCUCUUGCAUUUCAAAGAUAAUGGAACAAAAAAAUUAAUAGAAAACACGUUUUUUUGUUUGUAUUAUCUUUUACCAGAUCUAAUGUGUUAUAUUCUCCUACAUUAAUUUCACAUUUCCAAAAACUUCAGUGUUUCCUUUCAAAUGGUUUCAAGAAUAUGCAUAUCCUUGCUUCAGGUCCUGAGCUACAGGCAGUUAGAUUUGGGUAUGUCAUUUUAGGUGAAAAUUGAAAAAAAGGGUCCGAUCCUUAAGAUGUAAAAAAAAAAAAAGAUCCUCAUCAAUCUAUACACAAUACCCCAUAAUGACAAAGCGAAAACAAGUUUUUAGAUUUUUUGCUAAUUUAUAAAAUUAAAAGCCGGAAAUAUCACAUUUACAUAAGUAUUGAAACCCUUUACUCAGUACUUUGUUGAAGCACCUUUCGUAGCGAUUACAGCCUGGAGACUUCUUGGUUAUGAUGCUGCAAGCUUGGCACACCUGUAUUUGGGGAGUUUCUCCCAUUCUUCUCUGCAGAUCCUUUCAAGCUCUGUCAAGUUGGAUGGGGAGCGUCACUGCACAGCUAUUUUCAGGUUUCUCCAGAGAUGUUCGAUUGGGUUCAAGUCCGGGCUCUGGCUGGGCCACUCAAGGACAUUCAGAGACUUGUACCGAAGCCACUCCUGCAUUGUCUUGUCUGUGUGCUUAGGGUCGUUGUCCUGUUGGAAGGUGAACCUUCGCCCCAGUCUGAGGUCCUGAACUCUCUGGAGCAGGUUUUCAUCAAGGAUCUCUCUGUACUUUGCUCCGUUCAUCUUUCCCUGCCAGGUUUCAUCCAGACGUGAGGCUUGGCAUUCAGGCCAAAGAGUUCAAUCUUGGUUUCAUCAGACCAGAGAAUCUUGUUUCACAUGGUCUGAGAAUCCUUUAGGGGCCUUUUGGCAAACUCCAAGCGGGCUGUCAUGCCUUUUACUGAGGAGUGGCUUCCAUCUGGCCACUCUGCCAUAAAGGCCUGAUUAGUGGAGUGCUGCAGAGAUGGUUGUCUUUCUGGAAGGUUCUCCCAUCUCCACAGAGGAACUCUUGAGCUCUGUCAGAGUGAACAUCGGGUUCCUGGUCACCUCGCUGACCUUCAAUGCUGCAGACCUUUUUUGGUAUCCUUCCCCAGAUCUGUGCCUUGACACAAUCCUGUCUCCGAGCUUUACGGACAAUUCCUUCGACCUCAUGGCUUGGUUUUUGCUCUGACAUGCACUGUCAACUGUGGGACCUUAUAUAGACAGGUGCAUGCCUUUCCAAAUCAUGUCAAAACAAUUGAAUGUACCACAGGUGGACUCAAAUCAAGUUGUAGAAACAUCUCAAGGAUGAUCAAUGGAAACAGGAUGCACCUAAGCUCAAUUUCGAGUCUCAUAGCAAAGGGUCUGAAUGCUUAUGUAAAUAAGGUACUUCUGUUUAAUUUUUUUAUACAUUUACAAAAAUUUCAAAUAAACUGUUUUUCGCUUUGUCAUUAUGGGGUAUUGUGUGUAGAUUGAUGAGAAUUUUUAUUUUAUUUGAUUAAUUUUAGAAUAAGGCUGUCAUGUAACAAAAUGUGGAAAAAGUCAAGGGGUCUGAAUACUUUCCAAAGGCUAUACACACAAAAAUUAAGUCACAUGGGGGAGAGGCAUUGUGCUGUGAGGUGUUGCUUUAUUUGUUUUUUGAAACCAGGUUUGCUGUUCACUAGCGCUAUAUGUGAUGGAAGGGAGUUCCAUGCAAUCAUGGCUCUAUAUAAUACUGUACGUUUCAUUGAAUUUGUUCUGGACCUGGGGAUUGUGAAGAGACCCCUGGUGGCAUGUCUGCUGGGGUAAGUAUGUCUGUCACAGCUAUAUGUAAAUUGUUUAUACAUACAUUUUGGAAUUUUCAACACAUCUCUCCUUUACUUUGAGCCAAGAGAGACUGACAUGCAUACUGUUAAUAUUAGCCAUUUGUGUACAUUGAAGGGCAAAAUGUGCUGCUCUGUUCUGGGCCAGCUGCAGCUUUUGCAGGUCCUUUGCAGCACUUGACCAUAUCACCGGGCAAUAGUCAACAUUAGAUCAAACUAGAGCCUGCAGGACUUGUUUGGUCGACUGUGGUGUUAAAAAUGCUAAGCAUCAUUAUUAGACUUUACAGACAGAUUAGUGUUCUCUUUUCAACAGUAGGCAUUUGCUUUCCAAACUGUACGUUUUUCUCGCGAUUGUAUUUAGAAAUUUGCGAGAGGCAAACUGACAGCCGCAACCAACGUUAGAAAUAUAAUCCAUAGACGGCAGUUCCCAUUCAAGUCAGCACUGGCAGCCAUUGCUAGUGUACCCAUGAGUUUAAUAGUCAAAUUGCCAGGGUAAGAGGUUCCAAAACCCUUCUAUGGAUUAUAUGUCUAUGGCCACAAUACAACAAGUUGUAUUUGGCACAUGUGCUGCCCAAAUUGCGGCCUUCCCUACUGUAAGUGCUUAUGAUAAAACUUAAUCCACAGAUAUUUUUGUUAAAGCUUUUUAUCCUCUGUGGAUAAAUUAUGCUCUCUGGUGUAGUAUUUUGAAUGAUUUUCCAAAUAGACAGGAGUAAUAUAAUUUUAUGAAAAAAUAUUUUUAAUAUAUAGCCUAAUUUUGGCAAGAUUACUUACAUUUAUCAGGGGGUGCUGCAGCACCUCCAGAACCCCUACUUCCCGUGGAUAUGCAGUCCACCAGUAGCAGUACAGAGUAAACAUGAAAGCAGCAGUGUCAGCAUAUCAACUUCCUCUUUAGACCUAAAUACGAUGUAAUAUCAACGUUUAGCAAAUAGCACGGCGCUGCUCAACCGAGGUUGUUUCUGGCGGACAGAGCAAAGCAUCAGCAUAUGAACACCCUCUUUAGACCAUAAUACAAUGUUAUAUCAACCUUUGAUAGAACACCUCCCAUGUCAAUUAUAUUUGAGAAUUUGGCAAUAUCUCAGGCGUUUGUUAUUUCAUAGCUUGCAGGCAAGGGCUCGAUAACACCCAACUGGAGGUAUUUUUGUAACUGCUCUUUUCAAUAAUUAAUUGGAUCCACAAAUUGCCUAGCUGUGCUAGCAUGUCCUAGCUCUAUAAACAGAUGUCAAUGAGAAGCAAGGAAUACUUCUGCAGUAACACAGUCCUAAAGGGUGCAGUCUACAGCUCCUUCUGCUAGCACAAAAGCCCCCAUCAUGCUGUCAGUGCACUGUGCAGCUUGUGAUGUGUCACACAGCGCAGUUGAAGGGUACAUGACAAUUUUUUAUUGGACAGCAAAUAAAUCAUUUCCCUGAGUAUGUUCAGAAGCAAGCUAGUGACACCAUCAGCGCCAUCGCCAUCACCAUCAGCCACCCAACAGCAACAUAUUUUGUCCUUCAGCCAAAAUUAUAAUCUCGGCAUCUUGAUGGGAUCAUAUGAGUGGAACCACUACAUAGGUUUGAGAAAUUGCCUCCACACUUUUAAGCGACCAAUACAUCGAAGACACUUUCUAUUAUUAAUACAGCUUUUUGAAAUGCACAAUGGCACACAGUCAAGCUAUGAUUCAUUUGCUGCCCACCCAUCUCUCCCCGGUGGUUGGGAAUGCAAAUAAAGCACUCAACUGCUGAUCAAAUGCUCCCUGUUUACUUUACCACAUCGCCUUGGUGAUGAGGAGGGAGUCAAGGAAGUGUGUCUUAGUCCAUCCAGGCGACCAGGUCUGGAAAAAUUGUUUCAGAUCCUGGACGCAAUGACCCAUCGGCCCAAAGAUUACUACCCUACCCAUAACAAGUCAUUUUACCCUCUAACCUGAGUCAGAUUAGAUUUAGACUGUGCCUAAAUGUCUGCUUUCAUUCAGUCAUACUCUAGAUUAUUGUAAUACCGGGAAUUCAAUAUUAUUUAAAGCCAAUUUAUGCUUAGUCCAAAAAUGUGGUUGGAGACUCCGUAAGGAGGGUGUGACGCAAUCGCGGAGCCUCCAGAGGCAUGCAGAGACCAAACAGAGCUCCGUACCACAUCGCCUUCCACCUUUCAAAUUUUGUAACAAUGCGGAGGGCUCCGUAUAGCUCUGCAUUGACAUAAUUGGUUGAUGGUAGGUGGGAAGUCCUAUAUAGACACAAACUCACUUCCUUGACAACUUCCUUCACAACAGCUCUGCGCUGCUCUGCGAAGGGCAAGAAGUGUGAAUGCCUUGACUUCUGUAGAGGCCGUAUCACGGUAAAUGCUGGACGUCCAAUGCAGACGUCGGAUUGACCACGCAGCGCCUUUUACAGUGCUGCAGUUAGUUUAGCGGUUAAGAGCAUUGGGCCAGUAACCGAAAGGUUGCUGGUUCAAAUCGAUGAGCAGACUAGAGGAAAAAUCAGUCGAUGUGCCCUUGAGCAAGGCACUUAACCUUAAUUGCUCCUGUAAAUCCCUCUGGAUGAGAGCGUCUGCUAAAAGACUAACAUGUAAAUGUAGUUCAGUAAAUAGGGAUUGAUUUAUAAUUGUUACUUUUCUCUAAGGAAAUGUACAUGCUGAAACUCUGCUGACCAUUAGGCCUAAAGACAACACGAGGAAGAAAAAAUAUAUAUCUUCACCCACUUCUUCCAUAAACAUCAGUUAUUGUUCAUUAGAUCCACAUCCACGGGACUCUCUUAUGGAUGUUGACAGGUAGGCAGGGCAGACGGAGCAUCUCUUUGCCUAAUUGGGCCUUCAAGCAACGCAACAAUACUUUAGAGAUGUCAUUCCUUACCCAAUUAAUUUGGUUUGCCUACUCAAGGCUUAGUAAAAAUGAUCCGGCCAGGGAAGCAACUGAGCUGAAACAUUGAUUACAGAAAAUUCCAGUGCACAUUUGACAAUGGCAAGCACUGCCACUGUAGGGGUUAUACAUAAAUACACUUUUCCCCCUGUCUGUCUCUCACAGUGCGAUACCGGAGGUGUCACUGUGUCCUCCCGACAGCCUGUGCCCGGAGGCCCAGGCGACUCUGAUCCAAACCGAAGGGGACCAGUCUGACAGCUGCAGCCUCCCCAGGCCCUCCUCCUCCACCUCCUCCCAGCUCUACCAUCAAGUCUUACAGGGUGGAGCCUAUGAUUCGCCGCAGACCCGACGAUGUCACUUUUGUGGCCAUCACAAGCCAAUCAAAGGCAACGCCUGUCUGGAGUCGCACCCAAUCACUGUGGGUCCUCCUCACGCUGACUGCUCAACGGGUGCUCUCAAGACCUGCAGCCCCUCCUUUUCCUGUCACAAUGCUGUCAGCUGCCACUGGCUGCACGGGUCCCAUGAUGGCGGUGGCCCCCACAAGUCCAAACAGCAUCAUGUGGUCACAGUCAGGUCUGUAGUCUAUAUACUGUAUAUUCAGUGCAUUUGGAAAGUAUUCAGACCCAUUGAAUUUUUUCGCAUUUUGUUACAUUACAGCCUUAUUCUGAAAUGGAUUAAAUUGCUUUUCCCCUCAUCGUUCUACACACAAUACCCCAUAAUGACAAAGCAAAAACUGUUUUUUAGACAUUUUAGCAAAACUGAAGUAUUCAGACCCUUUACUCAGUACUAUGUUGAAGCACCUUUGGCAGCGAUUACAGCCUCAAGUCAUCUUGGGUAUGACGCUACAAGCUUGGCACACCUGUAUUUGGGGAGUUUCCAAAUUGUUGGAUGGGGAGCGUCACUGCACAGCUAUUUUCAGGUCUCUCCAGAGAUGUUCGAUCGAGUUCAAGUCCGGGCUCUGGCUGGGCCACUCAAGGACAUUCAGAGACAUUUUUUAGUCAUUUAGCAAGACGCUCUUAUCCAGAGCGACUUACAGUUAGCGCAUAAAUAUUUUAUCAAACCCACAACCCUGGCGUUGCAAACGCCAUGCUCUACCAAACUGACCACGCUACCAUCCCCUGCCGGCCCAUUCCCUCCCCUACCCUGGACGUACGCUGUCUGUGUGCUUAGGGUCGUUGUCCUGUUGGAAGGUGAAACUUCGCCCCAGUCUGAGGUCCUGAGCGCUCUGGAGCAGGAUUUCAUCAAAGAACUCUCUGUGCUCCGUUCAUCUUUCCCUCGAUCCUGACUAGUGUCCCAGUCCCUGCUGCUGAAAAACAUCCCCACAGCAAGAUGCUGCCACCACCAUGCUUCACCGUAGGGAUGGUGCCAGGUUUCCUCCAGACGUGAUGCUUGGCAUUCAGGCCAAAGAGUUCAAUCUUGUUUUCAUCAGACCAGAGAAUCUUGUUUCUCAUGGUCUGACAGUCCUUUAGGUGCCUUUUGGCAAACUCCAAGCGGGCUGUCAUGUGCCUUUUACUGAGGAGUGGCUUCCGUCUGGCCACUACCAUAAAGGCCUGAUUGGUGGAGUGCUGCAGAGAUGGUUGUCCUUCUGGAAGGUUCUCCCAUCUCCACAGAGGAACUCUUGAGCUCUGUCAGAGUGACCAUCGGGUUCUUGGUCACCUCCCUGACCAAGGCCCUUCUCCCCGAUUGCUUAGUUUGGCCUAGAGUUUUUGGUGGUUCCAAACUUCUUCCAUUUAUGAAUGAUGGAAGCCACUGUGUUCUUGGGGACCUUCAAUGCUGCAGACAUUUUUUAGUACCCUUCCCCAGAUCUGUGCCUCGACACAAUCCGGUCUUGGAGCUCUACAGACAAUUCCUUCGACCUCAUUGCUUGAUUUUUGCUGAUAUAGACAGGUGUGUGCCUUUCCAAAUCUUGUCUAAUCAAUUGAAUUUACCACAGGUAGAUUCCAAUCAAGUUGUAGAAACAUCUCAAGGAUGAUCAAUGGAAACAGGAUGCACCUGAGCUCAAUUUCGAGUCUCAUAGCAAAGGGUCUGAAUAGUUAUGUAAAUAAGGUAUUUCUGUUUAUCAUGUUUCAUAAAUUUGCAAAAAUUUAAAAAAACCAGUUUUCACUUUGUCAUUAUGGGGUAUUGUGUGUAGAUUGAUGAGGAACAUUUUAAUUUAAUCAAUUUUAAAAUAAGGCUGUAAUGUAACAAAAUGUGGAAAAAGUCAAAGGGUCUGAAUACUUUCCGAAUGCACUGAACAUUAUCAUGCAAAAAUAUAAUCUCAAAACAAGGUCAAUGACGCAGAAUUAUUUUUCUAUUUUAGGGAUGACGGACUCUACUGGAUCCCUAGAAAGUCAGUAUCCAUGACAACAAGGUCAUCGUGUGAACGCAAAAUGACCUACAAUUUCCCUUGCACCCAAUUGUACACCAGUGCAUGGCAGUCAUUAGGACAACAACAAUCUUUAGUCCUUCAUUUAGCUAUACAACAUGAUCAUAAGAUCAAGAUAAUAUUGUGUGACUCAAAAUAUGAGUACUGGUGACCAAUGUUUGGAGAUGUAAUGUUCAAUGGUUUACUUUACUAUGCUAGAACCAUGAUUUUCCUAGAUACAUACAGUACUUUCACUAUGUAAAGAGAUGCUCUUUUCCUGUGGCAUUUGCUUGACAGUUGGUGACAUUUGCUUGACAGUUACUCCCAGGUGGUACUGGAGUAUCCUCUGGCGGUGCUCGUCGGGUGUGCAGUGGUCCUCCUUGGAUGUUCCCUAGCCGGCCUGUUAAUUGGUCCCCUACCAGACUUCUCUGACCCGCUGAUGGUGAGUGUCUCCCUCAGCAGCACUGUGGCUUUCUCUGCCAAAUUCCUAUCAAACCGAAUGCUACUGUAAACUCUUUUUUAGCUCGCUCUCUGCCUCUUAAAAAGCUGCCGCAGAUAAAGUAGUAGACACUGCAUAUCUCUCAAACAUUUUUAUGUCUUGUCAGCUCAGAAAUACAAGUGAAACCAUAUCAGUGCAAUUGCAGGUCUAAUGAACAGUCAAGAAUAGUUACAUUAACUGAUUGAAUGACCAUGUACAGUGGGGAAAAAAAGUAUUUAGUCAGCCACCAAUUGUGCAAGUUCUCCCACUUAAAAAGAUGAGAGAGGCCUGUAAUUUUCAUCAUAGGUACACGUCAACUAUGACAGACAAAUUGAGAAUUAUUUUUCCAGAAAAUCACAUUGUAGGAUUUUUAAUGAAUUUAUUUGCAAAUUAUGGUGGAAAAUAAGUAUUUGGUCACCUACAAACAAGCAAGAAUUCUGGCUCUCACAGACCUGUAACUUCUUCUUUAAGUGGCUCCUCUGUCCUCCACUCGUUACCUGUAUUAAUGGCACCUGUUUGAACUUGUUAUCAGUAUAAAAGACACCUGUCCACAACCUCAAACAGUCACACUCCAAACUCCACUAUGGCCAAGACCAAAGAGCUGUCAAAGGACACCAGAAACAAAAUUGUAGACCUGCACCAGGCUGGGAAGACUGAAUCUGCAAUAGGUAAGCAGCUUGGUUUGAAGAAAUCAACUGUGGGAGCAAUUAUUAGGAAAUGGAAGACAUACAAGACCACUGAUAAUCUCCCUCGAUCUGGGGCUCCAUACAAGAUCUCAUCCCGUGGGGUCAAAAUGAUCACAAGAACGGUGAGCAAAAAUCCCAGAAACACACGGGGGGACCUAGUGAAUGACCUGCAGAGAGCUGGGACCAAAGUAACAAAGCCUACCAUCAGUAACACACUACGCCGCCAGGGACUCAAAUCAUGCAGUGCCAGACGUGUCCCCCUGCUUAAGCCAGUACAUGUCCAGGCCCGUCUGAAGUUUGCUAGAGUGCAUUUGGAUGAUCCAGAAGAGGAUUGGGAGAAUGUCAUAUGGUCAGAUGACUUUUUGGUAAAAACUCAACUCGUCGUGUUUGGAGGACAAAGAAUGCUGAGUUGCAUCCAAAGAACACCAUACCUACUGUGAAGCAUGGGAGUGGAAACAUCAUGCUUUGGGGCUGUUUUUCUGCAAAGGGACCAGGACGACUGAUCCGUGUAAAGGAAAGUCUGACAGUCCUUUAGGUGCCUUUUGGCAAACUCCAAGCGGGCUGUCAUGUGCCUUUUACUGAGGAGUGGCUUCCGUCUGGCCACUACCAUAAAGGCCUGAUUGGUGGAGUGCUGCAGAGAUGGUUGUCCUUCUGGAAGGUUCUCCCAUCUCCACAGAGGAACUCUUGAGCUCUGUCAGAGUGACCAUCGGGUUCUUGGUCACCUCCCUGACCAAGGCCCUUCUCCCCGAUUGCUUAGUUUGGCCUAGAGUUUUUGGUGGUUCCAAACUUCUUCCAUUUAUGAAUGAUGGAAGCCACUGUGUUCUUGGGGACCUUCAAUGCUGCAGACAUUUUUUAGUACCCUUCCCCAGAUCUGUGCCUCGACACAAUCCGGUCUUGGAGCUCUACAGACAAUUCCUUCGACCUCAUUGCUUGAUUUUUGCUGAUAUAGACAGGUGUGUGCCUUUCCAAAUCUUGUCUAAUCAAUUGAAUUUACCACAGGUAGAUUCCAAUCAAGUUGUAGAAACAUCUCAAGGAUGAUCAAUGGAAACAGGAUGCACCUGAGCUCAAUUUCGAGUCUCAUAGCAAAGGGUCUGAAUAGUUAUGUAAAUAAGGUAUUUCUGUUUAUCAUGUUUCAUAAAUGUGCAAAAAUUUAAAAAAAAACUGUUUUCACUUUGUCAUUAUGGGGUAUUGUGUGUAGAUUGAUGAGGAACAUUUUAAUUUAAUCAAUUUUAAAAUAAGGCUGUAAUGUAACAAAAUGUGGAAAAAGUCAAAGGGUCUGAAUACUUUCCGAAUGCACUGAACAUUAUCAUGCAAAAAUAUAAUCUCAAAACAAGGUCAAUGACGCAGAAUUAUUUUUCUAUUUUAGGGAUGACGGACUCUACUGGAUCCCUAGAAAGUCAGUAUCCAUGACAACAAGGUCAUCGUGUGAACGCAAAAUGACCUACAAUUUCCCUUGCACCCAAUUGUACACCAGUGCAUGGCAGUCAUUAGGACAACAACAAUCUUUAGUCCUUCAUUUAGCUAUACAACAUGAUCAUAAGAUCAAGAUAAUAUUGUGUGACUCAAAAUAUGAGUACUGGUGACCAAUGUUUGGAGAUGUAAUGUUCAAUGGUUUACUUUACUAUGCUAGAACCAUGAUUUUCCUAGAUACAUACAGUACUUUCACUAUGUAAAGAGAUGCUCUUUUCCUGUGGCAUUUGCUUGACAGUUGGUGACAUUUGCUUGACAGUUACUCCCAGGUGGUACUGGAGUAUCCUCUGGCGGUGCUCGUCGGGUGUGCAGUGGUCCUCCUUGGAUGUUCCCUAGCCGGCCUGUUAAUUGGUCCCCUACCAGACUUCUCUGACCCGCUGAUGGUGAGUGUCUCCCUCAGCAGCACUGUGGCUUUCUCUGCCAAAUUCCUAUCAAACCGAAUGCUACUGUAAACCCUUUUUUAGCUCGCUCCCUGCCUCUUAAAAAGCUGCCGCAGAUAAAGUAGUAGACACUGCAAAUCUCUCAAACAUUUUUAUGUCUUGUCAGCUCAGAAAUACAAGUGAAACCAUAUCAGUGCAAUUGCAGGUCUAAUGAACAGUCAAGGAUAGUUACAUUAACUGAUUGAAUGACCAUGUAGCUCAGUUGGUAGAGCAUGGCGCUUGCAACGCCAGGGUUGUGGGUUCGUUUCCCACGGGGGGCCAGUAUGAAAAUGCAUGCACUCACUAACUGUAAGUCGCUCUGGAUAAGAGCGUCUGCUAAAUGACUAAAAUGAAAUACUAAAUGUGUACAGUUACACUCAUGGUUAUCAAUAUGUAAUGACCAAGGCAGAGACCAGUGUAAAAAUACAUCUUGAAAAACAUUGAACACAAUGCUAUAUCAAUCAACACUGAACGUCAUUGUCAAUCUUCAAAGCAUCCAUCCUAGUAUGUCACUUAACAUACAGUACAUUAGCAUCUAAUCAUUCUAAUUCAUGUAAUCAGACUGUCUAAUUCACCUACUGUAGCCCUAACAAUCAGCAUUAGGCCUACAUAUUUUUUUAUUAAUUAAUAGCAUUGUUUUCCUGCUUUGGCUGUCAUCAGGAGAUGUUGUUCCAUUGACUUUGAUGUUUUCAUGCAGGGUUUUGAGCCUCGAGGAACAUACAUUGGGGUGCGACAGUCUGCCUUGGCCAAGCUUCAGCAGAACACGGGGCCUGGAAAAACACUGUCUCUGAUACCGCAACAGCUCAAAGACAAGACAGCUGGGAGGUACUGUGCAAAAACCGGAUGAGCUCCCCACUACACACAGAGAGCUCUGUACAAAAUAGCAGCCACAAUAAAGUAGAACCACAGGCAACAAUUAGGCAUCUUUCUGAGGCACAAUCACAGAUGGACUAAGCCUAUGCACAGAACACACAUUCCGCCAACAUGCUCCCAAACGUAUAUGAUAUAGUAUAGCUACGGUGUAAAUGCUGGAUAAUUGAGUCCAUAUGUAUAUUGUUACUUGGGUGCUGAUUGUGCUAUUACCUGUGAUUGAUAUGAAUUGUCUAGAUGUCUCAUGUAUAAUUGUGUUGUGUUCAUGUUUAUUUAUGAAGCUAUGGAGACGGUAGCGGAGGGGAUGCCAGUGGGACCCAGGAACAGUCAUCCAGGCAACGGCCUAGAAGAAUGCUGGACAGGGACUCUGCCCAGGACACGUUCCUCUGUGACUCUCCAGGUAGGCUAAUAACGCUAAUCAACACCCACAUGAUGGUGUUGUCUCUCUACUACUAGAUAAAUGUUUCUCAAAUGUAGCAGGAAACAAUCCAAUAAUGUAUCAAUCAAAAACCUUAAUAUAUAGGUAUUGACCCGCUAGUUCAUCAUUCCAGUGUUUCAGUUAUGUAAGAAUAUAAGCAGUCCCUCUAGCUCCAUUUUUGUAAGUGAAGACUGAGGACAGUCUUUGAUGAGGGGUGCCAUGUUUUUGCCGCCAUCUGUGGUAUCACAGGAGACCGCUACGCCCAGCUGGUCUUCCGCUCGGGAAACUCUGCCAGUCUUUGGAGCCUGAAGGCGAUCUACUCCAUGUGUGAGAUGGAGCAGGAAAGGGUAGGUGACUAGGUCUUUACUCAUCUUAAAUCAGCAUACCAUCUGCCAUUUUCCACCAUUACCAACGAGACCAUGAAAUCAGGGAGCCAACUCAAACAAAUUAAAGACCAUUCUAGGAUACAGAACUUGGCAGGCACUGAUAGAAACAUUUUUAAAUCUGUGCUAUUCUUUAUUUGAAAGAAAACAAAGUUGUUAUGGAUCCCCAGUGGGUGACAAUAAGUUACGUGAUGAAAAGUAGCAAAAUAAUCUGUACCUUUCAAUUUGCUCUUGUAAUAAAAGGUAGAUGGAACAUCAAUUACAUCGAUUUUGCCAUGGGUAGAGUGAGAAUACAUGAUAAUAGAAGUCAAUAGAUGUGUUAAAAUGACAAACUUCUCUUCUCCAUGUUUCAGAUUCGUUCACAACCCCACUUCCAAGAUCUCUGCAAGCAACAUAUCCGUUUGGAAGUGGACGGUGCCAUGAUCAGGGGCGGAUGCUGUCCAAGUUGGUCACUGGGAAACUACCUGGCACUUCUCAGCAAUGCCUCAUCCUGUCUCAGCCUGACCUCUUUGCAGGUGACGGAGAGUCUGCACCUACUCCGCUUUUGCGCCCCAUACUACCACGAUGGAAGCCUGGUGGCAUAUUGUGCAGAGAGGGGCAAGCAAGGCCACUGUGCAUCUGUGCCGACUCGGUGCAAACACUCUCGUGCCGUAUUCCAGAUAUUGCAUUACCUGGUUGAUAAGGACUUCCUAGGGCCACAGACAAUAGAAUAUCAGGUCCCCUCACUGAAAUAUAGCCUCCUGUUUCUACCGGUGGAAAAAGGAGAUCACUUGAUGGAGAUAUACAUGAACAGCCUUGAAGGUCGUGAGCUUACAUACAAGAACACUACUAUCACAGGAAUGGACCUAGGCAUCAAGCAAAAGCUAUUCAAGUAUUAUCUGGCUAGGGACGCCAUCUACCCUGUUCUGGCUGUAGUUUCGCUGUUCCUCACCAUGGCCCUUUAUUUGCGGUCACUUUUCCUAUCAGCAUUGUCUUUACUCGCAAUUGUGAGUUCGCUCUUGACUUCCUAUUUCUUCUACAAAGUGGUUUUCCAGCUGACAUUCUUCCCUUUCCUCAACUUAGCUUCAGCUCUCGUCCUGUUUGGCAGUUGCUCUAACCAGGCUUUUACUUUCAUUGAUUUCUGGAACCUACAACUAUCCCAGAAUCCACCCGCUUCUCUAGAGAAGAGAGUCAAUCGAGUUCUCCAAGAGGUUGGAUAUUUGAUACUGGCAUCAGGACUGACUUCUAGUGCCACGUUUUUCUCGGGGUUCCUGAGCAGCAUCACAGCAGUGAGAUGCUUUGCUGUGUACCUGGGAACUGCGUCCUUAAUCUGUACUCUCUCCUCCCUUGCGUGGUUGCCCAGCUCUCUCAUUUUGUGUGAGCGCUACACUGUGGCUGCCUCAGCCUCUGUUACUGCUCAGGCCUGGAAGCCUUGCUGCACGAAAAGCCCUGGCGGGUUCUGGGACACAAGCUCGCGAAAGCGGUGCCUCUUCACCUUUGGUCAGAAGCUACGAGGGUUGAAGCGGGGACUAUCCGACACCUCCAAUGUGCUUUUCCUGAAAAUCCUCCCUUGUGGAGUGGUCAAGUUCAGAUACAUUUGGGUCUGCUGGUUCACAGUGUUGGCCGCAGGAGGAACAUAUAUCUCAGUUAUAGACCCUGGUAUGAGACUACCCACUUUAGACAACAGGGUAACUCAGUUAUUCCGCUCCAGCCAUCCCUUUGAAAGAUAUGAUGCUGAAUAUCGCCACCAAUUCAUGUUUGAACGGCUGGUGAAUGGGGAGGACCAGUUUAUUACAUUAACUCUUGUUUGGGGAGUCAUCCCAACCGAUAAUGGCAAUCACUUUGAUCCAAAAAGCAAUGGAUCUUUAGUUAUGGAUCCAGAGUUUAACAUGAGUAGCCCAGAGGCUCAGGUGUGGUUGAGAGAAUUGUGUGGAAGAGUUCAAAACCAAAGCUUUUAUUUACCCUCAUCGUCAUCGUCUGAAAACGAAGGCUCAACAGACAAUAUCUGUAUUGUCGAGCAACUCAUAGACUGGGUGUCUAUUCGACAUUGCUCCGAGAGUAAGGAUGCUUUUCAUUUUUGCUGCAAUGCUAUUUCUUUUCCUUACCCACCGAGUGUUUUUGAACAAUGCCUGAGUAUGAUGGUGGCCGAGCGGCAUGCAGAGGGUUAUGUGUCCGAGGUUGAAGGCCUACAUUUUGAGGCAGAUGGGCAAAUAGCAGCCCUGGUAAUGGUAUUUAGGACAACGCACCGCUAUAGUUACAACUUUAGUAACACCACCCUUUUCUAUAAUGAUAUUUUGUCAUGGUUUAAUGGAGAAAUUUCUAGGGCACCACUGGGACUUCAGAAAGGAUGGUUUGUGAGCCAGUUGACACUCUUUGACUUGCAACAAUGUCUAAGCUCAGAGACCCUUGUGGUUACUGGGUUCUCUGUAGCCCUGGUGUUUGUCUUGCUUCUUCUGACCACAUGGAAUAUUCCACUGAGUGUUUAUGGCACUGCUGCUGUUGGAGGAAGUGUUUUUGUCACCGUCGGUCUCCUUGUCCUUCUAGAAUGGCAGCUCAGUGGUGUGGAGGCACUCUUCAUAUCAGCUGCUUCUGGGCUGUCUGUUGACUUUUUAGCCAACUACUGCAUAUCAUAUAAUUCAGCUCCACACACUGAUAGAAUUGGAAGAGUUGCGCAUUCCCUGAAAAGAAUGGGCUGUCCUGUAGCAAUAGGAGCUGUGGCCUUUUGCUGUGCGGGCAUCAUCAUGCUCCCUACUACUGCCUUGUUGUUCAGAAAGCUGGGAAUAUUCCUAUUUCUGGUGAAAUGUGUAGCAUGUGGAUUUGCCACCUUCUUUUUCCAAUCCCUAUGCUGCUUUUUCGGUCCUCAAAAAAACGGUGGGAAAAUAAUGGUGCCAUGUUCAUCUAAACAGGGAACUGAAGGUCUCCCAUCCUGCUCAGCAUCAGAACCUAGGUCCUCGACCUCUGCAGCCAACGGGGCUUUUGGGAGAUCAAGCGUUCAAAGGAAUUUCAAUAAAGACAGGGGUAAUUACCUUUACCCGAACCAACAGCGUCAUAGACAGCGACAGGUAGGAGGCGGGAGGGAGUCAGCGCAGUAUGAGCUUCAGCCAUUGGCUUAUCAGCUAAGUGAAAGCUUUGAGAACAGCACGUGCACUAGUAAGCUAUCCAACAGACCCUCAGUUCUCUCGGAUGACAUCCAGUUCGGUGGGCUGAGUCCCAGGAGAGAUGUGGAGAGGAGCAACAUUGAGGCAGAUAGUGAAGAGAUCUGUGGUAGGCACCACAAAGGCUGUCACCCACCCCCGGCUUUGCAGACCUCUUCCCCAUACAAAGAGAACACCCUAGGGCCAGUAGUUGCUCCUCCGGGUGACCUGGCUAAUGAAAAGCUAUUGUGCAAGAUGUGCAGAGGACAGUCUGCUGGCAUCAAGCACUGGAACGUAUCGCUGUCCUCUUCCUCAAGCAUUGAGGAAACCAUCAUUAGUCAAACAAUAGAAACAAUUUACCAGCCAUCCCUCUCAAAGGAUGAGGCCCCCAAUAGUCCAUUUGAGCAUCACUCCCACAAACGCCUACUGUCAACUCAGAGUUCAUUUGACGCACUAGAGGAUUCCAAUGAGACUUGCCUGAGUGACGCUGAACCUGGACCCUCAAACCAACAGAUAUCUAUUGAAGCAGAGGGAGAACUUGAACCACAACCAGGGCACCUUAACGGAAAGAGAGACACCUUACGCCUCUCCCUGAGAGAGAUCACCUAUGAGACAGUCUCUCCCGGAUGUGGGAGGGGUCAUACAAGCCUGAGUGAAGGACCAGUCAUGUUGCCAAACAGUAAACCAGAUUUGCCUGAUGUAUGGAUCAAACGAGAUGGGCCAAGGGAAGAUACAAACUGA